UGCUGUGAAAGCGUGUGCCAGGGGAGCAGGACGGUGAGUGCUCUGGGUUGGCAGAACUUGCCUUAAUAAUUAAAACUUGUUGUUCUCACCCGUUCAGCUCCAGCUGCCCUUCCUCCCGCAGCCCCUGUUACUGCUCCUGUGCCAUCGCCAGCUCUUCUUCAUGCUGCUCAUUCCCCACCUCUGACUCCAUCUCCGGGCCCCGUGGGUCAGGCUCUCCCAGUGGAGCUGCCCAGCCCUGCUGGCCCCCCAGCCCCCGUUUCCCCCCCAGUGGUCCCAGCUGCGGCGAUCCCUGUGUUUUCUGGGCCCCCCCAGCUCCCCUCCCCAGCUCUGCAGGUCCCAGUUACCAUUUCCCCUCCUCCGGUUCCUCAGUCCCCGAUGGGUUUUGCAGCCCCGGGAUCUCCAGGGCCCAUCCCAGUUAGCCCAGUGUCACCAGGACUCCCAGUGUCUCCCGUUCUGGGUGCUGCUCCUGCUGCAGUGAUGGUGGCCCCCGUCGCUCCCCCCGUCAGCCCCGGUUCUCCCCCUGCAGCUCUCACCUCUCCUGUGAAAGCUGCCCCCUCUGCUGCCCCUCAGAGCCCCGUGGGGCUGCCCCAAGCCCCUCUCCCUGCCCCUCUGGCAGCCUCGGCUGCCCCUGCUCCAGCCCAGGGUGCUGGGGCAGCCCCGGCUGCUCUCCUACCCCCCCUUUCCCUUCCCCUUGGGGCAGCCCCCCCUCUCCUGCCGGCUCCCACUGCACCCCCCAAGGCUGCAGCUUGUCCCCAGAGCCCGGGUUCUCCCCCUCUCUGUCCUGUGACAGCACCAUCGGUGCCCACCCCAGCAGUACCGGUGUCUCCUGGCAGCACUGCCCCCCUGGCUUCUGCUUCGGCCUCUCCUGUGCCCCCCAUUGCUCCUCCCCAGUGCCCAGCCCCGGACGGUGCCAUCUCUCCUCCUGUCUUCCUGGCUGCCCCCAUGGCCCCAUUAUCACCCCCUGCCCCUCUGGUGCUGGCUGGGAUGCCUCCUGGGAGUCCUGCUGCCACCCCCCAGGGCCCAGCUCCUGGUGCUCCAGUCUCUCCACUGGUUCCAGUUGCUCCUUCUGUUGCUAAGACCGGUCCCACUGGCCCUGCUCCAGCUGCAGGAGAUCCUGUCCCUCCCUCUGUGACCAGGACCCCUCCUGGGAGCCCAGAUCCUCGGGCAGCUCCCAUGGCUCCUUCCCUGGCCAAACCCUCUCCAGGAGCUGCCGCCUCUCUCCCAGUGCCACCAGCAGCUCCCAGUGCUGCCCCAGUACCAGCCAAAGCAGCUCCAACAAGCCCAGUCUCCCCUCCAGUAGCUCCUGUGCCUGCUGCCCCCUCUGCCCCUGCCACCUCCCUGCCUGUCACACCUCCGGUGGCACCUCCUGCAGCAAAAGCAGCUCCUGUGAGCCCGGUCACUCCUCCAGCUGCCCCUCCUGCAGCAAAAGCAGCUCCUGUGAGCCCGGUCACUGCCCCGGUUCCUCCCUCUGCCCCAGCUCCAGCUGUCCCUCCUGCAGCCAAAGCAGGUCCCGUGAGCCCAGUCCCUGCCCCAUCUUCUCCCUCUGCCCCAGCUCCACCAGCUCCAGCUGCCAAGGUGGCUCCUGUGAGCCCAGUUUCUGCCCCAGCUCCAGCUCCACCAGCUCCAGCUGCCCCUUCUGCAGCCAAGGUGGCUCCUGUGAGCCCGGUCUCUGCCCCAUCUCCCUCUGCCCCAGCUCCAGCUGCUCCUUCUGCAGCCAAAGUGGCUCCCGUGAGCCCAGUCUCUGCUCCAGCUGCACCUCCUGCAGCCAAAGCAGCUCCUGUGAGCCCAGUCCCUGCCCCAUCUUCUCCCUCUGCCCCAGCUCCACCAGCUCCAGCUGCCCCUUCUGCAGCCAAAGUGGCUCCUGUGAGCCCAGGCUCUGCCCCAGCUCCAGCUCCACCAGCUCCAGCUGCCCCUUCUGCAGCCAAAGAGGCUCCCCUGAGCCCGGUCGCUGCCCCCCCUACCCCUGCUACACCAGCAAUGGCAUCUCCACCAGCUCCUGCUGCCCCUCCUGCAGCCAAAGCAGGUCCCAAGAGCCCCGUUGCUGCUCCCUCGGCACCAGCCCCACCAGUGCCUGCAGCUCCAGCCGCCCCCCCUGCAGCCAAAAAGCCUCCCAAGGGCAGCCCUGGUGCUGCCACUCCGGUGCCAGCGGCUGCACCAGCUCCAGCUGCCCCCCCCGCAGCCAAAAAGCCUCCCAAGGGCAGCCCUGGUGCUGCACCCCCUACUCCUGCCGCCCCAGUGCCAGCGGCUACACCAGCUCCAGCUGCCCCCCCUGCAGCCAAAACACCUCCUCAGAGCCCUGGGGCAUCCACACCAGCUCCUCCAGCUGCCCCCCCGGCACCCCCUGCCCCUGGCAAGCCGGCUCCUGCCCCAGCCCCGGGGGUUCCUGGUGCCCCCCCAAAACCAUCGGCGGUUCCUGGUGCCCCCCCAAAGCCAUCGGCGGUUCCUAGUGCCCCCCCAAAGCCUGAUCGUGCUGCCCCUGCUCCCCAGAAACCAGACGCAGGCCUUCCUCCCUCUGCCCCGGGGGGGAACCUCUCCCCAUCCAGCACCCCCCCUGCAAAGAAGCAGCAGCCCCCUCCCGGUAAGGUCGCCAAACCGGCCCCCCCCUGCCCGUCCCCAACCAAACCCCCCUCGAAGGCCGCGGCCCCCGUCAGCGCCGCCAUCAUGGACGAGGACGACCUGCCGCCUCUCAUCCCCCCCGAGCUGCCCGCUGCCGAGCCGCCGGUGCAGCCCAUCCUGGUGGACCUCUCUCCCCGGGCUGCCGUGGCCCCCGCCGGGGUCCCUGCUCCUCCUCCUCCUCCUCCUCCUCCUCCGGCCAAGCCUCCUGGCCUGAAGAAUGACAAGGGGUCCGGAACAGAGUCCGACAGCGAUGAAUCCGUACCAGAGCUCGAAGAGCAAGACUCUACACAGGCCACGACGCAGCAGGCACAGCUUGCAGCAGCAGCUGAAAUAGAUGAAGAACCCGUUAGCAAAGCCAAACAGAGCCGGAGCGAAAAGAAAGCGCGGAAGGCAAUGUCUAAACUGGGCCUUCGCCAGGUGACGGGAGUAACCAGAGUCACCAUCCGGAAAUCGAAGAACAUCCUCUUUGUCAUCACAAAGCCAGACGUGUACAAGAGCCCGGCGUCAGACACCUACAUAGUCUUUGGUGAAGCGAAGAUCGAAGACCUGUCCCAGCAGGCCCAGCUGGCAGCUGCCGAAAAGUUCAAAGUGCAAGGAGAAGCUGUUUCAAACAUCCAAGAAAACACACAAACCCCCACCGUGCAGGAGGAGAGCGAGGAAGAGGAGGUUGACGAAACCGGCGUGGAGGUGAAGGACAUCGAGCUGGUGAUGUCGCAGGCGAACGUGUCGCGAGCGAAGGCGGUCCGUGCCCUGAAGAACAACAGUAACGAUAUUGUAAAUGCCAUAAUGGAGUUGACGAUGUAGCUGCCAGAGAGAGGAGCCUUUUUUGGUGUUUCAGAGCAGAGUCAAAUGCAACUAAAUUUAAAAUUUGUACUAUUUCUAUCAAUUAAUAAAAGUUGUGGCUUAUUGUUGGUGAAA